AUGUUUUCUGAAAAUCAAUCUGAUGCUGUGCGCUACUUAAAACAUAAUCGCCUCGAAGAUAUUGAUCAGAACCUUCGAAAUGUAACCAAAAACGUUCUGGAAAUAGAGAAACGUAACGUCACAACAAAAUCCGAAAUGAGAAUCAAAUUGGCGAAAUUGAAAAAGGAAAAAUUGGACACGUUAGCUCUUGUCGCCAGAUGCCAUGCUGCUUUAGCUUCCAUGGAGGUGAUUAUAGCUGAAAACGAACUCUGUGACCAAUUAAACCUUUUUACACAUAAAGAUUCGAAGAGGAAAUGCAGUAAGAAAUCUGAUGAAAGCGACGCCCGGUUGAAGAAAAAUAAAACUAGUGAAAGCAAAGUAUCAAAUAAAAAAAGACCAAGUGAUAAAAGACCAUAUAAUUCUAAGGCUUCAAGGAAACCAUCACAGAAAUCUUCAAAUGACAAUUUUACAAGAACUAAAGAAAUUGUACAAAAUGGCGCAGUUACUGUACCGCUAACCAAAGACAAAAAAGAAGACAAUAUGGCGAACAAGAACAAAGAGAACUGUAACAAUAAUCCUUUGCUAUCAGUCGGUAAACAAAUCAUAAUACUCAGCCAACCUCCUCUACGGAAAGACACCAAUAGCAAUAAAAUAGGAUACUUAUCUGAAACACACCAAUUAAAACCUAAUAAAGUUCAAAAUUCAAUUUACGAUAUUGUAGAAAGCACUGACAAUUUUGGUAAUAUGUUAUUGACGGCUGCCAGUAGUUACCAUAGACAACAUAGAGUUCGUUAUCAAAACCCAGCUACUGAUAUCAACCAUAAUCAAACUGCCAUUUCAAACCAAAACCUAGCAGUUAGUAAUGGUAACCAAAGUGAAACUAUUUGUAAUCAAAACCAAGCGACUAUUCACAACCAAACUUAUAGAGAUGAGACUUAUUUCAACUAUUAUAACAAAGUGAUUUGCGGCAACGAACAAUCACAGUCUCAAGACACAAUUUAUGAAACAAAUUAUCACAUUUUAAAGGAGGAAAAUGUAGAAACGGAACAAUCUGGUCAACAUUUUCAAACAACGAACGCGAUAUUCAAAGAUAUUAUGAAUAAAAAAGGAUUUUUUACUGAUAAAGUAAUUAAAAUUGAAAACGAUUGCCACUCUGAUAUUACAUCUGAGAAGACUUUUUGUUUUGACGUCCGUAACAACUUGUAA